AUGCCACCAAUACUGUCAAGCUUGGAUAAAUUUGCCGCAGAGUCCCUCGGUGAACUACUCGAUCAAAAGGCUUUCAUUCGGAUAACUCCUCAAGACUACCUAAAAGGUGCAGCGAUCGAGAAAGUUAGUUCUCGAGAGAAGGCGACUCUAGCUCUUUCGCUUGCGAGAUGUCUGAUGGACUUCUUCGACGAGGAUCUCGAACUGGCUUCAUACAGUUGGAAACCAGAGACCAUAUACUUCCUACGCUCCGCCGGAACUCAUGCCAGUAGCCGUGUGCUCUACAUUUCGCUCAGGCCGAAUUUUUCGAGCUCUAGAUACCCCGACUUACUCAGGACAGUACGACCCGGCAACCCGAUCCUGCUUUCAUUUGCCAGGCUCCUGCUGGAGAUUGACAACGGCGAGAAGAUCCCAAUGACUAUAUAUCCUGAAAGCGUAGCCAACGUGUCGACAUGGGGGCAGAUGUGCGACUUCGUUCACGUGGCAGGAAGACAAGGAAAUAGCAACUACCUGCAGGCUGUGGAAGGGUGUCUGUAUCUACAUAUGGCCCUGCCAAAAAUACAAGGCCAACCAACUGGCCCAGCUGCCAGUGAAGUUUUGAGGAAGGCUAUCUACGAGAAAAUAGUCCGCAAUCUUGAGCUUAUGGUGAAUCCACAGAGCUUGAAGCGGAAAAGAUCGGUUUCAUUCUCCGAGCCUCCGCAGGAGAAGAAACUUUCGAUCUCAUCGCCAGCAGACAUAGAGUCCCCGGGGAUGUUACCCUGCCAUGCUACCAAGACGAGGAUUGCCCGCCCUGCUAGUCGCGAUAAAUUCGAGAUUGCAAUAGUAUGUGCAUUACCGCGCGAGUACGAUGCCAUGUAUUUUCUCAUCGAUGAAGUCUGGGACGAGGACUCCGACUACUAUGGGGGGGUCGAUGGGGAUACGAACAUAUAUACGGCUGGCCGGAUUGGGAAGUUCAACAUGGUUCUGGUACUUCUUCCGAAUAUGGGCAAGGUUAGCGCUGCUGGAUCAUCCGCCAGCCUUCGAUUGAGCUAUCCAGGACUUAGGCUUGUCGUUCUGACUGGCAUUUGCGGUGGUGUACCCUGUCCAGGAGGGGAUGAAGAGCUUCACCUAGGCGAUAUAGUCAUUAGCAGGCAUAUUGUCCAGUACGAUCUUGGUAGGCAAUAUCCUGACAAGUUCCACAUGCGAGAUACUGCGGAGGAUGGCCCUAGCAGAGCCCCUAAAAACAUACGCAACUUGCUUGCUAUAAUUGAGACGACUGUUGGGCGUGAGAGACUCGAGCAAAAUACUGCACUUUACCUCCAAGAAAUCCAAAAGAUGGCCGCUCUAAAGCGGCGCGGUACCAAAUACCGGUAUCCAGGAUCCUCACAAGACAAUCUCUUCCAGUCGAGCUACCAGCACAAGCAUCACCUUUCCCUGCAAUGUGUCUGCGCAAAAGAUCACAAAAAUUCAGCGACUGUUUGCGAGGAGUCCCGCCAGCUCUCAUGUGAUGACCUCGGAUGCGAUAAGAAGCACCUAGUUCAACGGGAGCGACUCAAGUCAAAGCAACAACUAGAGCAGGAGGGGCGUGACACGGAUGCCCAAGCCCCGUCAAUAUUCGUUGGGCGUGUCGCAUCAGGCGAUUCUGUGAUGAAGUCUGGCGAGGACCGUGACAAGAUUGCCAAGCGUCACAGUGUGAUUGCAUUCGAGAUGGAAGGCGCUGGGGUGUGGGACGAAGUACCCUGCAUUGUAGUCAAAGCCGUCUGUGACUACGCAGACAGCCACAAGAACAAGAUAUGGCAAGACUUUGCAGCCGCAACGGCAGCAUCUGCCACAAAAGCGCUACUGAAACAGUAUGGGCGGGUUGGGCACGAAUAA